AUGAAGACGAAGAUUGCAGUCAAGAGCUUAGAAGUUAUUGCGUAUGAACAGUUGCUGCCUUUUGUGGGGAAGCCUUUGGUUUUAAUGAUAUCUGGGGGUUCGAUUCUUCGGGUAUUGGAGUCUGAACAAAUUGCUGGAAUGGAUAAGAGUCUUUGGUCGGUCUAUUUUGCCGAUGAGCGACUAGUACCGGCUGGGGAUAAGGAUAGUAAUUACGGGGCGGCUGAGAAGUUCUUGGAUGGAGUUGGGAAUGUCUUUCCUAUCGAUACUUCUUUACCGGCUGAACGAAUGUUAGCUGAGUAUAAGGAGAAGUUGUUAAAUGCUAAGUUUGAUCUGGCCUUUUUGGGUAUAGGCGAGGACGGGCAUAUUGCUUCUAUUUUUCCUGAAUCAGCGGUGAUUGAUUCGUCUGAUAUCGUGACCAUAAUAAGGGACUCACCCAAGCCACCAGCAGAAAGAGUAACAGUUACACCACGAAUGCUCACCAUGAUUAAGAAGAUUGUGUUUCUGAUUCCACGCUUAUCAAAUGGAAUGAUCAAGGCCAUUGAUGAGCCACACUUUUCCAUUCUGUCACGAAUUAAUACGGACCUUCUAAUCGUCACUAUAGAUCCUCUAUCUUAG